AUUAUUUGUGGGCGUUAUAAAAAGUGUAAUUUACUAUACUUAUAUAUAUAUAUAUAUCCACUAAUUUAUUCUGAGUACAUAUUGAACAGAUAUUUAUUUGAGUAAUUACAUAUAAUUACAUUACAAAAAUUACGGACAAAAGUAAUGUUUUGAAAUUGUCAAUUUCAGUGAUAAUUUUCUUCCAUAGAAAAAUAUUUCUUUUUAGAUUAUGAGGUUAUAUUUGCCUAGAAUACAUCUGCUUAUCUUGAUUGCAAAUAUAUUAAUUCUACCUGGUAUUAUUCUGAGUGAAUUUCGUGGUAAUACAGAAUAUGUCGACAGUUACAUUGAUUCAAACAAUUUAAUACAUCCUAAUUUGUUUGAAAACAUUGAAGAUAAUAAUGUGAUGAAUGAAGAUGUUAUGCCUACAAGACAAGAUGGACAACACAAUGAAGGUCCUCAUCAUACAGCAACACAUCUAGUUGGGUAUGGUAAAUACUGGAAUAAUCUUCAUGAAAGUGAUCAUCAACACCGACUACAACAUCAUCAACAGCAACAUGAACACGAAGAUCAGAUCGCUUCAAGAAGUCUUCUGCGGAAAUUAACUGAAAACCUGAUAAAACAAUCCAUAAUGAGGCAACAUUCAGCAGUAUCGCCAUUAUCAUCAUCACCACUGUCAUCAUCAUUGUCAUCAUCGUCACCGAUGUCGUCAUCAUCAUCACCAUUUUUAUACCCUUCAUCAAGAUCAGUGUUUUACAGAGCCUACAGACUGAAACGUGAUGAUCUUGGCUGGAAAAAAAGAAGUAUUCCCUAUGGUGUGAAAUAAAAUAGAAUGCCAUGGAAUCAGUUGAUGUUACUGCAUACUGCAUAAAGUAACAAUAGUAGAACAUGAAAAUAUCGAUACUGAAAAAUAAUGUGCACAAGAUAUAUAUACAUAUAAAACUGAUUAGAAAAAUAAAAUAUUAAUACAAUCUUAAUGGCAGUUAUUUUUCAAUAGAAUAUACAUAUAUCAGUUAUUCUCCUAUAAAAAAAAUUUAAUAAUUAAUACAAAAUCUCGAAUUAUGAAGGCUUUAA